AUGGCUGUCCAGUGUCCGGCCCUUCGUGUAGCCACCUUGCUGACAGGGCUGCUGGAAUGCCUGGGCUUUGCAGGAGUCCUGUUUGGCUGGGCCUCACUGGUGUUUGUCUUCAAAUCGGAACAUUACUUUAAGGACCUGUGUGAACUGAAUGGCACACUGAUGGACAACACCACCAACAACAGCACGGUGCAGGCUGACUGCAAGGCCCAGGAUGAGAGGUUCUCACUCAUCUUCACGCUGGCGUCCUUCAUGAACAACUUCAUUAUCUUCCCCGCUGGGUACCUCUUUGACCGGUUCAAGACCACUGUGACCCGCCUCAUAGCCAUAUUUCUCUACACCAGUGCCACCCUCACCAUCGCCUUCACUUCUGCCGACUCAGCCCUGCUGCUCUUCUUGGCCAUGCCCAUGCUAACUGUGGGUGGAAUCCUAUUUCUGAUCACCAAUCUGCAGGUUGGGAACCUCUUUGGCAAACACCGUUCCACCAUCAUCACCCUCUACAAUGGGGCAUUUGACUCCUCCUCAACUGUCUUCAUGCUCAUUAAGCUCCUGUAUGAGCAGGGCAUCAGCCUCAGGGCCUCCUUCCUCUUCCUGUCUGUAUGCAGUGCUUGGCACAUUGGACGUACUUUCCUCCUGAUGCCUCGGGGGCACAUCCCCUACCCUCUGCCCCCCAGCUACCGCUAUGGCCUGUGCUCUGGGAAUGGCUCCACAGAGGAGAAGAAAAUGGCUGAGCUUGAAAAGACAGAGCAGCAGUCCAGGGAGAUCCUGUCAUCAGAGCAUGAGGACCCCAGGCCAGGGCAGCAACAGGAGCCCCUCUCCUUCUGGAGCUACGUUUUCUCUCGCUGCUUUGCCUGGCACCUGGUGUGGCUGUCAGUGAUACAGUUGUGGCACUACCUCUUCAUUGGCACGCUCAACUCCUUGUUGACCAACCUGGCCACUGGGGACAGGGUGCUUGUCAGCACCUACACCAAUGCUUUUGCCAUCACUCAGUCUUUUGGAGUGCUGUGUGCCCCCUGGAACGGCCUGCUCAUGGACCGGCUCAAGCAGAAGUACCAGAAGAAAGUGAGAAAGACAGAUUCCUCAGCCUCAACGGUGGACCUCUGCUCAACGGUGCCCUCGCUGGCCCUGACGUCCCUGCUGUGUCUGGGCGUUGCCUUCUGUGCCUCAGUUCCCGUGCUCUCCCUCCAGUACUUCACCUUCAUCUUGCAGGUGGUCAGCCGCUCCUUCCUCUAUGGGGGCAAUGCAGCCUUCCUUACCAUUGCUUUCCCUUCUGAGCACUUUGGGAAGCUCUAUGGGCUCGUGAUGGCCUUGUCGGCCACUGUGUCUCUGCUCCAGUUCCCCAUCUUCACCCUCAUCAAAGGACCCCUCCAGAAUAACCCGUUCUAUGUGAAUGUGGUGCUGGUGCUUGUCACGCUGGUGACGUUUGUCCACCCCUUCCUGGUGUACCGCGAGUGCCACAGUCAGAAAGAAAGCCCCUCUACAGCUUUCUAG